AAAAAAUUUAGUGCAGGCUAUAAAGAUAAAAGCAACUUUAAUUUUAAAGGAUGAUCAUGCAGUCUUUUGUCAUAUAAAAUUGCUCUCCACAAGUUACAAAUACGUUCUUUUUUAGUUCAAGAUUGUUCUUUAAAACUACAUAAUUCUUAUGCUCUAAAACAUUUUUGAAGACUAAAAAAAUGUCCAUUAUGCUGAAGAAGCCAUUUGUAGCAGUGUUGGUUGUAUAUUUCCUUGCAAACAUUCCUAGAGGAGAAGCCGAUAGCGACUGCGAAGAGAAGAGACGGCAGGCGUUAGAUAAUUAUGUAUUAGGAAAAUAUGUUCCCCAGUGCGACGAUAAUGGGAACUAUAAAACGGUUCAAUGUUGGAGUGACACAAACCAUUGCUUUUGUGUCGAUCCGGAAACUGGCGAAGAAACAAGCGCCCCAGCGAAAGGCGACAGCAUCAACUGCAAUUCCACUCAGUCGACUCCGAAUACCACUAACCAAUAAACUGAACCAAUCAUCUACCAAUAAACUGAGUUAAUCAUGCA